GUUCGAGUAAUUUAGUCACGAUGACGUUCAAAUGGGUUCGGGUUAUGGCGAUUCGAAGUUGAACGCAAAAUCCCCGAUGAGCAACUUGACGUCGUCUCUGUUCAGCUCCCCCUUCGAACUGUGUGAUGUUGUUUCAACCGUCUUUUUUUGUAAGGCGGAUGAAACCAUGAUGCUGGUCGUAGAACCCACGACGAACGAGUACUGGAUACCGUCCGUGAAGGCGACAGAGCGUAGUUCUUGGUUGAGCUUCGUGCGGAAAGACCUGGGCCAAGACAUAUUUGGAGCGACUCUUCCGACAGAUAAGUUGAUGCGGUACGUCAAAGUGUGGUUGCCUGCGACUGUUAAACCUGGUUACAUUAGUCACUCGAUCUUCAACAUCCAGGUGAAUAUGGCUGUGAAGAAGAAAUCGAAAAGCAUCUCUGCAAAGUUCAAGGGCAAGAUUUGCUGGAGCAGUUUUGAUGAGGUCAUGAACUACCACACAAACAACUUAUUAAAGAGUCCCGAAAUUGUUGAUCUCAUGUGCUGGAAUCUCAAUAGGAAAUCAACGAUUGCUAAUAUACCUAGUGAGCACAUGAUGGUAGGUAACUUUAUGGAAAUUAACGACACCAUCUUAAUUACUGCAAGAAAUACGAUCUACGAACAGAUAGUACAUGCGUCGGGGCUCAGCCGAGCCGCUCAAGAAAUUCUCUACACACAGUUCCUCAUAGUAUGUUUUCCUUGCGUGUACAUGUCUCUGCAGAAUUUUUCCAAGUUCAUGAUCGGUUUACGUUGGGGCAAAGACGAUAUUCCUCACUUAUUUCGAUCGGCAGAUUUGUACGACCGUGGAGGACUCUCUUUUAGAGAGUUUAUCUACUUUCUGGCGGCUACUGAACAGGGCACUAGCCAUGGAGGUGGUAAUGCGGAGUUGCGCUGUCGCUAUAUCUUUAGAUAUUUGGAUACCAGCAAUGAGCACGUGUUAAAACGUAACCAACUGAAGAACUUUAUUCGUUUGAUAAGAAAGGCUAGGAAGCAGCCGCUGACCGAAGACGGCAUCGAGAAGGAGUUGAAGGAAUGCUAUCAGAGUAUAGGUGUUGCCGAAAACCACGCACUCACAAUUUCGGAGUUCCUACGCGCAGUUGGAGAACUGAAGGUGAGAGGAACUUCACUGAUUUGUCGAGCGCCCACGAGCAUUAAAAUUUUCGUCAAGGAGAUAAGUGACAUGUAUCCACGAGAGAAAGGAACCUAUGGAAGUAAAACUUCUGCGCUGCAGAUGUCUACGCAGAGUCCAGCAUAUCAACUAGCGUUGCACAGUGUCAAGAUCCAGUCGAGCGCCGCAGCUAUCAAGAUACAGCAGUUUUGGAACAUUGACAACGCAACAUCUGCGGUAAAUGUGAGCGCUAUCCCCUUCAACGAAAUCUUGCGCAAGGAAUCCAUGCACAUGUUUGAUCAACACUCCGAAUCGAACGAACUUCUAAAAGCCAUCCGUUACCUAAUGCAAGUGAACGGUAAAAAGAACGAAGCCUAUAUAAGGAUUGACACUAUGAAUUUCGAGUGGGGACAGCUGAACCCGCAUGUGGUGUUUCAGAAUUUAUUCACUGUCUGUAGUGUGGUGAAAGAAAUUUUGAAGACCGAACCUAGAUUGGUGGACGUAUCAGCGCCGGUCUACAUCAUGGGUGACUUACAUGGCAACUUCGCCGACCUUCUAUUCUUCGAGAAGAUGUUUUGGCCCGUGGGACCUGCGUUGUGUCCUUGUAAUCUUCUGUUCUUGGGGGACUAUGUAGAUCGUGGGGUGUACAGUUUUGAAGUCGCUUGCUACCUUCUUUGCUACAAACUGCAAAGUCCGCGGAAGGUGUUUCUGUUGAGAGGGAAUCACGAGAUUCGACGCGUACAGGCGCAGUGGACUUUUGAGAAGGAGUGUAAACUCAAGUUUGGAGAAAAACUCGGCUCGUUGGUCCAUAAUGUUAUCAAUGAUGUGUUCGAUGUGUUGCCUCUGGCGGCGGUAAUCGACGAUAGCGUUUUCUGCUGUCAUGGUGGUAUUCCUCCACCUUGGUUGUGUCCUGUGACUAGCGCAAUCAAAGACAUACCUAUAGUGUUACCAGAACCCCAAGAUCAAAGUUACCUCGCUUGGGAACUAAUGUGGAACGACCCAGUUCGUACUAAACACAUAACGGAAAAAGUUAUGAUAGAGCUUCAAGCUAAUGAAGGUUUUGCCAUGAACAGUCGAAGAGGUACCGCCCACAUUUUCAGCGUUGAAGCUUUGGAGAAAUUUCUAGCCGUAAAUCGUUACACUCAUUUAGUGCGUGCUCACGAAGUUGUAGAAGCUGGUUUUUACCUGCAACAGAAAGGUCACAUGGUGACCGUCUUCUCUUCAUCCAAGUACUGUGGAGGAACUAACAUGGCGGCUUGCAUUUUCGCCGAUCAAGGGAAACUAAGGGUUAUGAGGGUGGAACUCGAAUCAACUACAACGUGAAUAAAAUUCUAUUUUGUCAAAAUAAACCGUGUCGAAGUUGUUCGCCUGUAGAUAAGAGAGUAAC